AAGUCAAGUGAUCCGCAGAAUAGCACUAAUGUUGUCAUUACGGCUAAAAUGUUUAUCGAUUGCAGUUAUGAGGGCGACCUCAUGGCCAGGGCUAACAUCUCAUACACUUUAGGCCGAGAAGCCAACGCUGUGUACAAUGAAAGUCAUGACGGCGUACAGAUGUUAUCGGGUCAUCAGUUUCCCGAUGGUAUCGAUCCGUAUGUAAUCUCCGGUAAUAAAUCCAGUGGUUUAUUGUGGGGAAUAAGUAGCGAAACUGUUGCUAAACAGGGAACGGGAGAUAAAAAGAUACAAGCUUAUAAUUAUAGAAUAUGCCUAACAAAUAAUAAAAACAACCAAAUAGACAUAACUAAGCCGGAUAACUAUAAUCCCGAAUACUAUCAACUUCUUGUACGUCUAAUCGAGAAACUCAAACCUAAAUCCAUCAGAAGUUUUAUGAUCGAGAGUGUAAUGCCUAACCAGAAAACUGAUAUUAAUAAUUACGGCGGUUUUAGUACUGAUAUGAUUGGUAUGAAUUAUGAAUACCCGGACGGCUCUUAUGAAACCCGAAAUAAGAUUAUUAAACAACACGAAGACUACACCAAAGGAUUCCUAUAUUUCGUAGGACACGACCCACAAGUGCCCCAACCCUUGAGGGACGAGAUGUUGACGUGGGGUUACCCUAAGGAUGAGUACAAAGACAACAACCAUUGGACGCAUCAGUUGUAUAUCCGAGAGUCGCGGCGAAUGAGUGGUCAGUAUAUGAUGACUGAGAGGAAUGCUUUGGGCACUGAUGUGGUCAGCGAUGGUAUAGCUAUGGCUUCGUAUAGAAUGGACUCACAUAACGCUGAAAGGGUUGUAGUGAACGGAAUGGUCAAGAAUGAGGGGGACGUCCAAUGGCCUAAGAAUCUUCCGCAUCCAUACCCUGUGUCCUAUCGAUCAAUAGCACCAAAACCAAGUGAAAGUAACAACGUUUUAGUGCCGGUGUGUCUGUCGGCCACACAUAUAGUGUACGGAUCCAUACGAAUGGAGUACACAUUCAUGGAGUUAGGAGAGGCCUCAGCUGUGGCCGCAGUCAUGGCUAUCGACACAAACACUUCCGUACAAGAAGUCGAUACCAAACAGUUGAGAGACAAACUCAAUAUUCAUUAG